CGAUGGAAGAGUUAAUAGUUGAACUUCGCCUCUUUCUUGAGCUUCUGGACCAUGAAUACCUAACGUCCACUGUCAGGGAGAAGAAGGCGGUGCUGACCAACAUCCUGCUUCGGAUACAGUCCUCUCGAGGUUUUGAUGUGAAGGACCAUGCUCAGAGGCCAGAGACCAACAGCCUGCCGGCGCCGCCUCAGAUGCCCCUGCCGGAGAUCCCUCAGCCCUGGCUGCCUCCUGACAGCGGGCCCCCGCCGCUGCCGACGUCCUCCCUCCCGGAAGGCUACUACGAGGAGGCUGUGCCGCUGAGCCCCGGAAAGGCCCCGGAGUACAUCACGUCCAAUUAUGACUCAGAUGCCAUGAGCAGCUCCUAUGAGUCGUACGACGAGGAGGAGGAGGACGGGAAGGGGAAGAAGGCCCACCAGUGGCCCUCGGAGGAGGCCUCCAUGGACCUAGUGAAGGAUGCCAAGAUCUGCGCCUUCCUGCUGCGCAAGAAGCGCUUCGGCCAGUGGACCAAGCUGCUGUGCGUCAUCAAGGACACCAAGCUGCUGUGCUACAAAAGUUCCAAGGACCAGCAGCCGCAGAUGGAGCUGCCGCUGCAGGGCUGCAGCAUCGCGUACAUCCCGAAAGACAGCAAGAAGAAGAAGCACGAGUUGAAAAUCACGCAGCAAGGCACAGACCCACUGGUGCUCGCGGUCCAGAGCAAGGAGCAGGCUGAGCAGUGGCUGAAGGUGAUCAAAGAAGCCUACAGCGGCUGCAGUGGCCCCGCAGACCUGGAAUGCCCGGUCCCGGCCAGCGCCCCGGUGCAGAAGGCGGAGCUGGAGAAGAAGCUGUCCUCGGAGAGGCCCAGCUCGGACGGGGAGGGCGCCAUGGAGAACGGGGUCGCCUGCAACGGGAAGGAGCAAGUGAAGCGGAAGAAGAGCGCCAAGUCGGAGGCGAAGGGGACGGCGCCGAAAGUCACUGGGAAGAAGAUCACCAAGAUCAUCGGGCUGGGGAAGAAGAAGCCGUCCACAGACGAGCAGACCUCGUCCGCCGAGGAGGACGUGCCCACCUGUGGCUACCUGAACGUGCUGUCCAACAACCGCUGGCGGGAGCGCUGGUGCAGGGUGAAAGACAACAAGCUCAUCUUCCACAAGGACAGGGCCGACCUGAAGACGCACAUCGUCUCCAUCCCACUGCGCGGCUGCGAGGUCAUCCCGGGCCUGGACUCCAAGCACCCCCUGACCUUCCGGCUGCUCCGCAACGGACAGGAGGUGGCCGUGCUUGAGGCCUCCUCCUCGGAAGACAUGGGCAGGUGGAUCGGGAUCCUUCUGGCGGAGACAGGGUCCUCCACAGACCCCGGGGCCCUGCACUACGACUACAUAGACGUGGAGAUGUCUGCCAACGUCAUCCAGACCGCCAAGCAGACCUUCUGCUUCAUGAACAGGCGUGGGGUGUCCACCAGCCCCUACCUGGGGAGCACCAACGGCUACGCGAACCCCAGCGGCACAGCGCUGCACUAUGACGACGUGCCCUGCAUCAACGGCUCGUGGGACGCGGAGGACGGCGGCCGUCCCGCCUGCUGCGGCCAGGGCCCGGGAGAAGAGGUGCUGUACGAUAACGCGGGCCUCUACGAUAACUUGCCGUCUCCGAAAAUCUUUGCUCGCUCCUCUCCUGCUGACAGGAAGGCUUCCCGGCUAUCUGCAGACAAGCUGUCCUCUAACCACUACAAGUCCCCCGCCUCGGGCCUGCCCUGCACCCCGUCUGUCACUAACACCUCUUCUGUGGGGAGGGCGUCUCUCGGGCCCCACUCCCAGCUCAAGGGUAAGAAGCCCCCAAUGGCAUCUAAUGGGGUCCCUGGAAAAGGGAAGACUGCAAGCGGUCAGCAGAAAAAAGCAGAUUCCACAGCCGGUGUGAAGCGGACGGCUUCGAAUGCCGACCAGUACAAAUACGGCAAGAACCGGGUGGAGGCGGACGCAAAGCGGCUGCAGACCAAGGAGGACGAGCUGCUGCAGAGGAAGGAGACCCUGCGGAACAGGCUGGCGCAGCUGCGGAAGGAGAGGCGAGACCUGCGGGCUGCCAUCGAAGUGAACGCGGGCAGGAAGACCCAGGUGGUGCUGGAGGAGAAACUGAGAAAGCUGGAGGAGGAGUGCAAGCAGAGGGAGGCCGAGCGCGUGAGCCUGGAGCUGGAGCUGACCGAGGUCAAGGAGAGCCUGAAGAAAGCCCUGGCUGGUGGCGUCACCCUGGGGCUGGCCAUCGAGCCCAAGUCGGGGACAUCGAGCCCACAGUCCCCCGUGUUCCGGCACCGGACUCUGGAGAACUCACCGGUCUCCAGCUGUGACACGAGUGACGCCGAGGGGCCCCUCCCUGUGAACAGCGCCGCCGUCCUGAGGAAGAGCCCUCCGGCCACGGGCAGCUCCCCUUGCAGGGGCCACGUGCUUCGGAAGGCCAAGGAAUGGGAACUGAAGAAUGGGACAUAGGAAGUGAGGUGGCCCCAGCCCCAGGCAGAGACUGCACCCCACCCAGCUCCCCGUCUGCAACACGGUGCUCCCCAGAGCGGCCCACUCGGGACGUCCAAGGCCCUGCGACCGAGUUCUGCCACCUUCGCCCGCCCGCCCGCCUGUCCCUCCUACUGUAGAAUGGUGCCCUUUUGAAAAGUUUACUUCUAAGACUUUGGCUUCGGAAUUUUCUUGUUAAAUAAAGCGGAAACAGACAGGAUGAGCUGUUCCCAUGGCCGACGCGUCUCUCCAGCCAGCUGAACGACUGCUUCGACCAGGUCCUGCCCACCCUGGCCAGCAGACACCAGACAGGCGGACAGACGCACCUCGACCCCUGGACGAGCCUGGCCGCUGCCACACCUCUUCGGGGUCCCAGCCUUGGCCAUGUGGCAUCAGGGUCACCCCGUGGCCAACUCAAGGUUUAGGGUUCUGUGGCCACAGUGGGGGCGUCGUGAGCACAGUGUGCCCGCCACUCCCAGUACCAGCGGUGAAGGCGGAAGAACCUCAUUCUGUGAAGCAGUUUCCACCUUCCAAUAGUAGGUGCUUUUGCCUCCGAACGUGAAAAGGUGCCGUUGUUUCUUAGAAAAUGUCUCUUCUGCCACGCGUUUCACUUAGUGCUAGUGCCCAGAGCUCCCUGUCCCAUUCUGUUGAUUAUCUGUACUGCUUGUGACAGCGUCGGGUGGUCUCUUUUGCCAAGUGGGGCUGGAGCGGGCCUGGAACAGCAGGCAGGAUCAAGGCUUGCAGGCGGGGGACACGUGAAGACUGGGAGCCGGAGCCGGCCCUGUCCAUACACUAAGGCAUGGACGCAUGGUGCGCCUGGCCUGGCCCUCGCUGCCCUCCGUGCAGUAUUCCUGGAGCAUCUGGAUGAGAAGAUCGAGACGAACAGCGCCGGUUGGCAACUUCCGCCAGGGUCUGCAGGAAACGGAGACCUGGGUCUCCAGAGGCGCUGUCAGGGAAGACACAGCCCCGCCACGGAAGGGACAGCACCAGACCCACUGUGUGCUGGCUUGGGCCUGCUCUCUAGCCAUGCUGCGUGGAGCACGAGCCUCUCACCCCCAGCCCAAAGCGCUGUCCCGACAGCAUGAAGCAUCUCCUGCAGUGUCCACAGGCCUCGGGGUUGGGCUCCAUUCCUCAUACUCCUGGGGCUCCACAGGGCUGUUUGAGUUGCUUCCAGAGUAGGAAAGUCAUCUGGGAUAUGAGAACGUUUCCCAGCAAGGACACCGGUUCCCUGCUGUCCUGGUCCCCUGGAACUUGAAUGUAUUAGAAGCCACCUUCCUGAGUGUCCAAGUUGCCAGGCCCUCAAUCCGCAGCGGCUGCCCGGUCAGUCACACCAGCACCCACCACUCCUUCCGGGGCUGGUUUCCCACCGUCACAGGAAGCUGCGGCCACUUCAUUCCAUAGGAAACUACAUUCUUGUAAAGGGAAGAAAUUUAUAGACCAGAAAUUUUUGCUGUCUUUGGGUCUAAUAAAAUUCUCAAAUCCAGGCUUGCUGGAGGAUCUGACCGGCAGCCACUGGUCGGGGGUGCUACUGUUUCUGGUUGCUCCUGAGGAGAGGGAGGCGCCAUCUUCAGGUCUGGGUAGAUGCCCAUGUCCUGGAGCAGGUGUGUGGCAGAGGUGGCCAUGGGCAGUGCCGCCAUCAGCCCCCUGUGCCCACAGAGCUUGGGGAUUUGGGGAGUGGCCUUGCCCAGGGACACCACUGUCAGGACUGGGGGCCGGGCUGGGCCCUGGACCUUGUGUAUGGUGAGUGCAGCUUUGUCAUCCACUCGUGUUACCAGAAGUCUUUGAAGGAGGCCACAAAGUGGAGCGAACCCUGUGGGUUCCCGGGGCGUCUACGGUGAGGAACACGAGCUCCCAGCACAGGUCCUGGGCCCUGUGGGCCUGGUGUUCCCAGAUUUGACCAGAAAGUCAGUUUAAAGCAUCCAUUUCAAAGUAAGUUAUUUAUUUGUAUAUGUCCCGUAAGUAUAGCUUUAAUUUAUACCUGUACAUAUUAGACAUACAGAGACAUCUUGUCCGCUUCUGAGGGGUCUCAGUUAGUCACCCUCUCCAAGCGUGUCCCCACAGUGGCCCCGGCCCUGGGACAGCACAGGAACCCUGGCCCUUGGUACUAACGCUGGGGCCAGGCAGCAGAGGGCUGGCUGGCGCUUCCUGCCAGGCGCAAGGCAGGCUGCCCCGGGUCUGGUUCCUUUACAGUGUCACCUGUUACCUUCAUAGGAUGUGGUGCUCACAGAGUGUGGCCCCACGGCAGGAAGGCCACCUGUUGGGAGGGAUGGCCAAGCAUAAGCCAGGGAGGCCCCAGCUCUAGGCCUCGGCCCUUCCUGCCACUGUGAGGCCACUGUCCCUCCUUGGACUUCUACUCCUGGCCGUGGCUGGGUGCGAUGUCACUGCCUGCAGAGCCCUCCGUUGUGUUCUGUGAUGGUCGUAGUCCCUGCACAGAGACGGCCGUGCCAGUCACAGGGCUCACCAGCUGCGCCAAGUGCUGGCCUUGCUGCCACUCGCCUCAAGAGGUAGCACCCUGCAGCUGACUGGGUGCCUGCACAGCCAUCCAGAUCCUCCCAGAGCCCUUGCUGGGGCCCCUGGUACCAGCUCCCUGCUCACACCCCGGCUGCCUGGCCCUGGCCACCGCAGCCAUCUCCCUGGCCCGAGCUGUUGCGCUGUUUCUGAAUAGCCACGCCCACCUGGCAGGGUGGGGUUCGCCACUCUGAGGACUGCAAAGCCGCGUCCUGGGCCUGCCCCCGCAGAGGGGACAACGCUGCGCGUCCUCAGGGUCGCGCUGGCUCCCGAGGGCUGCUCUGUGCGUCCCUCCCCAUCAGCAGCCCCAAGCGGCAGCAGCUUCCCCACCCAAGGACAGGGCCAGGGCUUCUCUGUGACACCCCACGUGAGCCCCCUGCCAGCAGACAGGGUGUCCCCAGGUUCCUAAUGUGGCAACUCUAAAAUGGCAAACAAUUGCCUUCCUUUUUUUUCUAUAACUUUUAACAGGAAAAAUAAUUUUAAAUGCAUGAUGUGAUUAAUGUUGGGGUCCUGUUAUCAACCCCCCAGGGGCCGGGUUCAUACUGUGAAACAAAACUGCCAAGAAAAAGACCCGACGUGCACAUGCUCCGUGCCCGAGGCGCAGCCCUUGGGGGGACCGGGGAGGCUGAGAGGACGGGGUGUGUGUCCCCCGGCCCCCAAGACUUCCUGCCAUCUCUGCUGGCUGCGGUCCCAGCUGCCUGAAGCGCCUGCCUCCCCAGGCACGGCCGCCGGUGUCUUGAGCUGCAGCAGGAGAGGAGGGCUCCCCGCGGGCUCUUCAGAUCCUAACUCUUAGGGACCAAAGGUGUUUUUAAUCAGAUCAUCUUUUUCACUGAUUUUCUAAUGAGAAAGGAAGCCUCGCCUUGCGUUUUAACAUCAACUUUUACAUUAUAGAUACCCAGGAUUGACCAUGGCCAUAUGUUGUAACAUGUUUUCACAUUAAGAAUGUAAUUAUUGCCUUAUUGUAUUUUUUAAAAACUAAAGUCAUAUUUAAAAAUUCUCUUAGAAAGCAACAGGCAAACAGAAAAGAUCUUUUUAAAUUAAAUAUGUUGUUCAUGCCCAUUUGAAAUGACUGUAAACAUGUCUCCACUGUGUCUCUCUGUAUUUAAGUCAUAAAGUAAAAAAAAAAAAUAAUGAAAGAAAGAGACUUGCAGCGGGAAUCCUAGUUUCCAGCCAUUGACCCCAUUUUGUAAUAGCUGCACUUGAAUUCGCCACUGUACGGAUUGAGUUUUCUACUGUUUUCUGCGGUGUAGCCCUGGACCGGCGCCCUGCGGCGUGACACACGUGUGUACUGUUAAUAAAACACUCUGACCAGCUG